UUACGUGCUGCCUAAUUUACGUGAUUUAGUAAACGGUUGGUUAAAAUAAAGGUGUCCGUGUAAAAAUUAUAUGGGAAUUGGCAUUGAUGCUCUGUCAUUUUUUUAUUGCAGAAAUUAAUGUGUGUAGGACUUCGGACAGUAAACUGCACUAUUGAUGACAUUACAUACUCUGAAAAAGGUAAGCAAGAGAGAAUUAAAAGUUUUUUUUUUAUAGUAUGUAAAUAGAACAGAGAAUGUGAUUGUCAAUCUUAACUUGUAAAAACUUCAUCGAACUGUGAAGUACUCUGACAGUAAAGCCCAUCAGUGCAAUACUGCCUUCUACUGGUCAGCUGGCAGAAUUGGCUUUCUGCUUUAACUCUUUAGCUCUGUUUUCGUAUCCUCAAAUGUUCUAAGUGUUUAGCUUGCAAGGCUCUCCCAACGCAUCAUCGGGGGCAAGCCACCUGCCCUCCAGGACACCUACAGCACCCAAUGUCACAGGAAGGCCAAAAAGAGCAUCAAGGACAACAACCACCCGAGCCACUGCCUGUUCACCCCGCGAUCAUUCGGAAGGCAAGGUCAGUCAGUACAGGUGCAUCAAAGCUGGGACCGAGAGACUGAAAAACGGCUUCUAUUUCAAGGCCAUCAGGCUGUUAAAUAGCCAUCACUAGCACAUGAGAGGCUGCUGCCCUAUAUACAUAAACCUGAAAUCAUUGGUAACUUUAAUAAUGGAACACUAAUCACUUUAAUAAUGUUUACAUAUUUUGCAUGCCACUCUGACAUUGCUCGUGCCAAAUAUAUAUAUUCUUAAUUCCAUUCCUUUACUUUAGAUUGUAUGUAUUGUUAGAUAUUACUUAUUAGAUAUUACUGCGCUGUUUGGAGCUAGAAGCACAAGCAUUUCGCUACACCCGCCCUAACGUCAGCUAAACACGUGACAGUACCAUAUCAUACAACGUGAUAACAGUUCACAUCUAUUCUCCUCAGUGACAAUACUCAGUAGCAACCUCAUGUGAUUGUAUUCUUAUUAUCCAACUUUUAUCAAAUCUACAUAUUUCAUAUUUGUAUUUUUCAAAUGUGCUUUUGAGGCGGAAAUGUCAACAUUUUUGCUCAAUUAAUGAUCGUAUAUGAUUCAGACCUGAGAGUUUUGUCUGUGCGGGUAUGUGUCCUAAACUAAUUUGUCUGUCAAACUUUAACCCAAAGUGCAAAGGGUUGUAUGAAGCCUUACAAUUUGCGUCGCAAGUGAUCAUGGUGUAGACUGUAGAGGCUGUCUGGCCGCUGCUGACCUGGUGUGUACAGUGAACAGCCCCUCGCUGGCCGCGUGACGCGGCUUCCAUCCCCUCUCUCACUCUCUCUCUCACACACUCACACACACACACACACACACACACACACACACACACACACACACACACACACACACACACACACACACACACACACACACACACACACACACACACACACACACACACACACACACAACAAGUAACCAAUCUGAACUUCACACAGCUCUGGUCUUUGCAAACAAUCAUCCCCACUAAAUGUAACAGCAAAAUGACUUACAUUGCCAACCGUGGUCAGCUAUGCAAAACGAGAAUAGGCGGUAUUCAUUUACUUGUGAUUAUAUUCAUCAAGGAAAUCUUAACCUCUUGACUUUUAACUCAAUAAUACAGCUUGCGUUGAUAUCCAGAAAUGACCUGGACUGAUCAUUACAGAACAAAAUAAAACAUUACUAAUUUAUGGUGAAAAGGAGUCAUUUAGAGAAGAUGGUCCCCGAAAUCAAAAGUUCAACGAAAUAGCAUGUUGCUCAUUUAACAUUGAGAUGCAUUGUAAUAUAUUGCCUCACUUCAUUGUCGUGAUAUCUUCAUCGGAUAUGAUACAUUUAUUUUAAUAUGAUAAUUUUAAUAAAGAAUCCAUAUUUGUAAGGUUAUAUCAGAAUCCCCAUGCUUAUCGUUUUUUGCGUCACCAUUCUAGCCGUACAUCUCAGCCAUUCUGAGAAAGGUCGGGAACAUCUCAUUUCUUAACUUAUUGGUGAACAUAGUGUGCUAGAAAGUUUUUUUUAAGUAGUCACUUUGUCAAAAGGUGAAAUGAGGAUUUACUUCCCUCCAAAACCACUCAGUGCGGUCUUUGGUCUUCAGUGUACCUGUGUACUUCUGUUCCCCUCCCCAAAGCGCUCUCCAUAUCUCUGGCGGAAUCGAAUUCCAUAGCUGCUAUGCUACAAUGGGAGAACUGUUUGAUGGACGCUCUGUCUCCUUCUCCCUCCCCCGGUUCAGGUAUUCCCCCUGAUGAGGAACCUGAGCUUCAGAGAGCACCGGCCGGGCACCACCUCUCAUGGCCCUCCAGCCCUGCUCAAUGCACGCAACGACUCCGAAAAGAGAAAGCAGAGUAUUACUGUACAUCAUAUUUGUUACGGGAUACAAGAGUGGGAUGAAAUAUAUAUAUUUCAUGUAAUCGAAUUUUAGAUAGUGUUGAUUGUACUACAUGCAGUGGAGAACGUGGUUAUGUACUCAAAUCAAGAUGAACAUUUAACAUUUCUAAAGGUGUAUAUAGAAUAUCGUCUGUAAUAGUACUCAACAUUUGUUAUGUUCUACACUUUACACUCAAUGUAAAGUGGUUUGGUUACUUACGUAUCCAUUUUUUAAAGGUGUGAAGUGUCUUCUGGACAGCAUUGCUACACGCAGCCUUGAAUUCCUCCACAUAAUGUCCGGGCUCUGUCUAGAUCAAUUAUUAUUAGCAGUGUAAAGUAAGGCAGCCUGUAAAAUGUAGCACCCCCAUGUCCAUUUUUAUGGGCUUUAGUGGAUCCUAUUGUCUGGAGGUAUUUAUGCCAAAAGAUAGACAUUUGCCAGGAGAGGGAAAAGAGGGGGGGCAAAACAAAACAUCGCAUGAUAGUCUUUAAGCAGUUCCAUCUGUCCGGCAGAAAUUUCAGGCUAAUAGCCUGUAGCGCUUCAGCCCACUGCCCUCACUCUCUCUCUCUCUACCUGACUCUGUCCUAUUAAAUCUCUCCACUCCUCAAAAAGAAAAAUAAGAUCAGAAAGUCAGGAAAACAAUCAGAACUUGUGCUGCAGACCCAAGUCAACAGGGCUAGUGGUGGGGUGGUGAUAAUGAAGAACAAGCCCUAAUUACAGAGGGAGAAACAAAUGACCCCAAGAACUCGGUGAUGUGGAAAAAAAGCUCAUCAUUCUGGUGUGUGUUUUUUUUUUAAAGACUGCGCGCUCUGUGAGCAGAUGACUGCCGCUCACCUUGCCACGGGGUCUGCUUGAGAUUGGUUCAUUGUCAAGGAUUUUUUUUUUUUUUUUUUUACCCAUGAUUCCAUAUGGUAUGGAGCGGGCUACAUGUUGCCCAACAUGCCAGUGCAAAUGUUUUCUCAAUUAGUUAUCUUAUCUCCGGUGAGUGCACCAGCAUCAGAUGAAGCUUGCUGACAGCGUAAUGGCAGGCAAAACCACGGAAGGCUCCAUCAAAUGGCAGCUCUGCUACGACAUCUCAGCCAGGACUUGGUGGAUGGAUGAAUUCCAUCCUUUCAUCGAAGCUCUGCUGCCCCACGUGCGAGCGUUUGCCUACACAUGGUUCAACCUGCAGGCCCGCAAGAGAAAGUACUUCAAGAAGCACGAGAAGCGCAUGUCUAAGGAAGAGGAGCGCGCAGUGAAGGACGAGCUGCUCAGCGAGAAGCCCGAGGUCAAGCAGAAGUGGGCAUCGCGCCUUCUGGCCAAGCUCCGCAAGGACAUCCGGCCUGAGUUCCGGGAGGAUUUUGUGCUCACCGUCACCGGGAAGAAGCCCCCGUGCUGCGUGCUGUCCAACCCUGACCAGAAGGGUAAGAUGAGGAGGAUCGACUGCCUGCGUCAGGCAGACAAAGUCUGGAGGUUGGACCUGGUCAUGGUCAUUUUAUUCAAAGGUAUUCCCCUCGAAAGUACUGAUGGCGAAAGGCUGGUAAAGUCCCCACAGUGCUCGAACCCAGGGCUGUGUGUGCAGCCUCAUCACAUUGGAGUUUCUGUGAAGGAGCUCGACCUCUACUUGGCCUACUUUGUGCACGCAGAUGGCCAGUCAGACAGUCCCAACCAGCAGAGUGAGUCUGACAUCAAGGACCAGCCUGAGAACGGACAUCUUGGCUUCCAGGACAGCUUCGUCACAUCGGGGGUCUUCAGUGUUGCUGAACUCGUGCGAGUCUCACAGACCCCAAUCGCAGCGGGGACGGGUCCUAACUUCUCGCUGGCGGACUUGGACAGCUCCUCCUACUACAGCAUGAGCCCCGGGGCCAUGAGGCGACCCUUACCAAGCACCUCCUCCAGCAGCUCGGCCAAGAGGAUCAAGUGUAUGGAGGAUGAGGUGGACAGUCCAGGAGAGGAGUCCUACUACCCGGGCCAGGGUCGCUCCCCGGGCAGCGGCAGCCAGGCCAGCAGCUGGCACGAAGUGGAACCAGGUACGUACUGCUCUGGAUAUAAACUGCGUGGCUCGCUAGCUAGUUCGUUCAUCUCAAGACAAGGGAUGCCAUCGCCCACCACAUUAAAGAAGUCAGAGAAGUGUGGUUUCAGCAGCCCUGUCGUGCCUUCGCAGACCACCUCCUCCCCCCGAACGGCAUUCACACACCAUCAUCGGCCUGUCAUUACAGGACCUAGAGCGAGUCCCCACGCCACGCCGUCGAGCCUCCACUUCCCCACGUCGCCCAUCAUCCAGCAGCCCGGCUCCUACUUCUCCCACCCGGCCAUCCGUUACCACCCCCAGGAGAGCCUCAAGGAGUUUGUCCAACUUGUCUGCCCCGACUCUGGCCAGCAGGGAGGACAGGUGGGCUUCCUUAACAAGUAUGCAGAAAUACCAUGGGGGAAAUACUGUACAAGUGGUCGAAGAGAGAGCACUGCAGUGGAGCCCAACGGAAGCAGUCAGGGGAAGGUCCACAACCCAUUCCUGCCCACCCCCAUGCUGCCCCCUCCACCCCCGCCCCCUAUGGCGCGGCCCGUACCCCUGCCUGUGCCAGACUCCAAACCACCAUCCACCUCCACCGAGGGAGGGGGCAACUCCCCCACCUCGCCAACCUACUCCACACCGAGCACGUCCCCAGCUCAGCGCUUCGUCAGUGUGGGCCCCCGAGACCCCAGCUUUGUAAAUAUCCCUCAGCAGCCCCAGUGGUACCUGGGAUAAGGACUCCAGACCCCCUCGCCGCCCGCUGGACAGAUCGCUGGACCCCUACUUUCUCCCCUGAGUGCGACCCGACCUGAACCGACCAACACCCCGCAAACGUGCCCACGUCUGACAGAGAGAAGCCCAACACCACGCCCCCCCCAAUCUGUCACCGUCUCCUCAUCCCCAGCGCCUGAGAGACUAGAGCAUCAGCAUGGCUACAACAACCCCCCCCCUCCCCCCAGAAAACAAGAGGAGAGCUACUCACUGCUAGAUACACUAUAUAUCUAUAUAGCCCAUAUAUAUCCCCCAUUCAUGGUUGGUUUAUAUGCCUAUAUUCCUAUAUAGUACCAGUCACCUCAACUGUUUAUUGGAAGAGAGCUAGCAGCCUAUAUAUCCUGGGAAAGUGCACGUCGUCUUGUUCCUUUUCUUUCUUCUCGUCCACCCCACUUUGCCACGGAGGGGGCAUAAUCAUGUGACUAAAUCAAAGAGCUUCCCUAUACCUUUCGUCGUCGUAGCCGAACUUUGAAGAGGGUCCGGCGGGCGAGAAAGGGACAGAGAGCUAUGCGUCCUGUGUACGUGUAUGUGCCGAAACGAGGGGAAGAUCAAAGCUCUUGUUUCCUCUCCGUCUUUGCCCCCUUUCCCCCUCUCUCUGGUUAUUUCCGGACUCUGUUGAGUUUGUUGGGGGAUAUUGCCCCUGGUUGGGUGGCUCGAGGAUGUGGAGGUUUUAGCUGGGUCGGAUACCAACCAGUUAAUACCUCUCCCCCCCACCACCACCCCCCCCACCACCACCAUCUAUCCACACCCCACCCUAUCCCACACUCAACCCUGAGGAGGGACUCUCCCCCACAGCCAUACCAAGAGGCUGAAGGCCUUCACCCGGCCACAUGGCUUUUCCAGGGACAUCUAGCAGUGCAAAUGGAACCCCAUGCAGAGGAGAACAACCUACCAACCGUCACACCGUGAACUCAUAGGGCAGGGGACGAGGGAGGGGAUGGGGUAUUGAUGUUUAAUAUCGGUCAAUCGGGUGACAUAUUGAAGCUGGUAAAUAGGCUGCAACGAGAAGAGAAGUAUUUCAACGAGAGGCUUGUGAGAAAAUAACUUCUGUCUGGGAGGCUUGUUCAUGUUUCAUUUUUGUAUAAAGGUAAUUUCAGUUCUUUCCGAUCAACCCACAAACUAACGGUCUGUACGAUGCUAUACAAUGCAAAGGGCAGGUAGAAGGUCUGUAAUUCUACUAACUGACUAGACGGGAGACAUCCGUGACUUACGUGAACAGUGGAAUAUUGAAUUGAGGAAAGUGCAAUUUCGUUGGAUAGCGGUUGGAAAGUUAAAUGUCUUUGUAAGAUAGGUCGUUGAAACAAUUGGUGAAAAGUAUAUAUAUUUUUCUUCCUAGUCCUUUCACACCUCCGGGACUCUAAAAUAUCGGGGUACAAAAAAAAACGUCAAUUAGAACGAUAGCCUUGUGAGAAAAUAAGGGGAGCUGUAUUUUUUGUUUGUUCAUCUUGUAAAUUUGUUUGUAUUGUAGAACGAAAAAUCCCUUUAAGAAAUAUAAUUUUAAAGCAUCUCUUGCAGCUUUUGACUGCGAUUCAUUUUUUUUUUAAAACGCAAAAUGAUUAACUUAUUUUAAGAAAGCACAUGAUUUUAAAUAAAGAAUUAGCGGCUUAAAUUCUCAUGAGGCAAAAUCCGGAACAACUUUGUUGUAAAAAUUAUAUUAUAUGGGCGUCCAAGUUCUGGUUUGAUUGGCUAGACCUUCUCUAAGCCUUGUCCAAUCGGAAGCACUUAUUCCUGCAGUUGGCUUAUGGGCUGGGGAUGGAAGUUCAGUGAGAAAGAGAAAAAGCAGAGGGACCCUCUGUGAGCAUUUGUGUUGCGAACACGUUGAUAUCUACAUGAAGGCAAGAUCGCAACCAGACGGCGAAGCUUUUCAGUCGCUUCGCAUGCAAAUUACCAUUUUAUUAAAGUUUUUGUUUUUGUUUUUGUUUCCUAUACUAUACAUACUAUAUAUAUACACUCUUAUGACCGACUCAUCCACUGUCGAUCAAAAACGUAUUAAAAAUAUUUUAAAAAUCAACAAAAAAAACUGCAUGUUCUAGUGUUAGUGACACAUUUUUACAUAGAUUAUGUAGAGUUAGUGAAUAAAGACACUAUUGUAAUCCCAACAUCAGGCACUUGCCAAUAGUCUAUAUUUGUUUGGCCCCUCGAGGCUUUUUUUUUUUUUUUUUUUUUUUUACUGCUGUCCUUCACAAUCAACCAGCUGAACGUCUUUAAGACUCUUAUUCGCUUCUCAUCAUUUCGGAGUCGUUGUUUCCUAUUUCGUUCCCUCUUGAAAUGAUCAGUUCUCGUUUCUUCUUAAAGUAUAUAUAUUUUGUUUGUAUGUUCUCAAAUUGCACGAAACAAUUGUUCCUCAUCAAUGUGCCUUGAGCGAUGGUCUAGUCCCGAGUUGUUGCACAAUGUUCCAAUGUGGAGAGUUACAUCCCCCCUUUGGAUUUAUUAGUUUCAUCCCCCACCUCCCAUUGUGUAGGAGUGAUCACAGUUGUAAUACUGAUAAGGAACAUGAAAUAUAAUGAAAUUGCUGGUUAUAAUACGCAGUAUUACAUCUGCUAUUGGAAGACCUCUCAGGCCCGUAUACAACAGUGCUUUUUCUCUCUAUGAUGCAACAUGGAAGUGCUGUGUGAGUACAGGAUCUGACAUACUAUGUCUGUCUUGUACUGCUGUUAAACGAGGCCAGAGUCAAUCACCCUGAUAGGGCCCCAUUUUUAGUCGUUCAGUGAGUAGGAAUAGAGCGCUUAGCUUUGUAUCUUGUAGAUAGUUUAGUUAACCCCCGAGCCGCCCCCUACUUGAAACCCAUUUUUUUGAGAACGUUGAGAAUACUAGUCUAUUGAUAUUUAUGGAUGUUGCUGAAAUUUCUAAAUGGAAACGACCUUUUUGUUUUGGAGUCUUCCUGUUUUUUUCUUGUUGUUUUUUUUCCCGUCUUUUUUUUCUCCCAGAAGUGAAUAAUGAGAAAGAUAUAUGCAAUACCUGCUUGCACUCAUGUAGACAUACACUAGUCAUUUUAUUUAGUCGUUAUUUUUGGGGUGAUCUUUUUCAUUUUAUUUUUUAUAAAGUUAGCCUGCACUUGACUGGCUGCGUGGUUGGGGGUCGGUCCAUUUGGCAGACCCACUCAUGGAGAACAAAGGUUUCGCAAAGCCUAGUCAGCCUCGCUCGGGUACUUGACUUUAUUUGUAUUCGACACGUACAAGAUGACCGCAAAAUAUAGUAAGGUUCUCCUUUUUGUAUAUUGUUGGUCACAAGCAAGCCUUUCAACAAGUCAAACUUCCUCUCCAUCACAAAAUCCCCAUUUUCGACAGACUUAAGAGAUAUGACGUCCAACAAGAACAAAACUCCCACUUUCUAUACCCUUUACUUCAAACUGACUUCCAAAUUGCAUAUAUAUGAAUUGUUUAUCUGUCUAUUACAUAUAUCAUUUUUAAAUAACGACAGUUUGAGUAUUGGGAAGCCUUUCCCAAGGUGUCCAACGUGAUGGUUUAGUAGUAACACUUGCGUGGGUUGUGUGUUUCAUUUAGUAGGACCGUUUUUGUUUUGUCUUUGUUCUUGCCUACCCUUUAGCGAUGAGUUGGGCAUUACUUUCUUAAUUAUCUGCACUAAAAUAUGAAAUAAAUGACAAUAGUGAGAAUUAUUGAAAAACUGCUUCCAGGGCUUUAAAAGAGUGAAGGGGGGGAAAAAAACAAUUGCACGGACAUUUUUGUCACAAAACCUUGUUGUGGACAGCCUAGCAUCUAAUCAGCAAGAUUUGGCUGUGUGUAAAAUACGACAAAAUUGCACCCUUUUUAAAGAAAGAAAGAAAAAAAGAAAGACUAAAAGCAAUAGUUUGGGCAGUCUGUUUUUGUUCUUGUGUUGUGUGUGUCGUUUAGUUAUGGGUACAGAAGUGGAGGAAAGAUGUGGUGGUGAUGAUGAGAAAGAGAGAGAGAGAAAAAAGCUAUAGAGCAAAGCAAGGGCCUAAAGGCCUGACUGUGGGAGACGUGUUGUUUGUAUGUUGUAUAGUUUUAUUAAUUACACUGAUUUUAAAGCUGCCCUAUUUUAUAAUGCAGGACUUUUGUAACAUUAAUUAAAUGAGGAAAAAACUAGUGUUGUGAAUUCUCUAAUUGUUUGUAUUAAGGCCACAUUAAUAGAACUGGUUUUGUUUGUUCCAUGGGAACUGGAUUUAAGUUGAAAACUUUCCUGUUUCCUGUUUCCUGUUUCCUUAUCUUUUUCUUUUUUUUCUUUCCUUUUUGUAUGUAUUUAAGGACUUGUUCUUCUUUUGAUGGUAUAGCGUAUUCCUAUACUUAAAAAGUAUAGGGUAUUGAGGUGAAAAGCCCAUUGUAAAUGGAUGUUACAGUAUGCUAUAUGUUGAAGGUUAUUUGUUGCAUCAGUGUUGAUGAAGCUAAAUCUAGGUAAUUCUGAGGAAAUUGGUAAGAAGAGUGUUUUUGUUUUUUUAAUGCAUUUAAAAUUUAGUUUAGGCAGAAGACAAUGACAUAGACAGCCAAAGGAUGCCCCUAUUAUAAAUGCAUCUCGGCAUCUUUUUUUUUGUGUUCACCAUUCCAUGCAGGAAAAUAAACAGCUUGAUAUGCAA